AUGAGUCAAGUUGUGGAACACGUCGUACAGACAAAGAGGUUAAAUGACAAGACAAAUCAUCAAAGCGGACAGGAGGAGGAUCAAAAGGACCUCCCACCUGUUUUCAAUAAACGGUUGUUCGCAACACAAGGCAAUGUGAUCAUUACAAGAGAGGCUCACAGGGUGAUGACACGUAAUGCAAAAGCUACAGAGAAAGGAGAGGAACGAAAAUUGACAAAGUCUGAACUGUUAUCUAUGAGGACAGUGGUAGACGGUCUGAAACUUAUACACAAAGGUCAAGAUUAUAUCAAAGAUGCUCUAAGCCAUGUUGUUACCAGGGAGGACUACGACGCAUUUGAGUACGUGGUUAAGAAACCUUGGGAGGAUAAGUUAUCGUGCUAUUACAUAGUAAACGGUGCAGUGGAAGUGACUUAUGAUAUGAGUUCAAAAGAAUCCAGGAAUGUGUAUCAACCGAACAUUAUCUACAGUCAUGGCACUGGGGAAUACCUGGGUAUGGUUAAUGCCGAGAGUAGAGACGAAGAUAUAUCUCCGCCAGCUACGGUUUAUACCAAAGAGAGAUCUGAAGUUCUCAGAAUAGACCGUGAACAAUUUCACAGAAUUGUCGAACAAACAAAUGAAGUGCUAACCAAUGAAAUUAAGACAUAUUUUAAUCAUGGUGAAACUAUUUUUAAGGAAAUGCCCAACAGUUCCAAAGAGAAAAUAUUUCCUCUCAUUGAAAAGCAGGAAUAUCCUCCAAAUAAAGUCAUCAUUGAACAAGGGGAGAUCGCGGAUUUCCUGUAUAUCAUCAGAUCUGGUCGGUGUCAAUGUGAGAGGGAGGUGUUCAUUCCAGAGUCUAAUAUAACAGCGCUGUUUUACAUAUCCUGUCGGGAACCAGAUGACUUCUUUGGCGAGGAAUGUCUGUUAGAUAUGGAGCCAAGCUAUGCCAGAAUAACGACUACAAGUUCAACUGUCUGUUACAAGAUCCCAAGAGUAGCGUUCCAAGUUCUGAGCAAGGAAAUCCUUGUCCGGUAUGUGGAGGAACACCGGCAUGACUUCCCACCAGAACAUUCCCUGAUGGAUCGCGGAUACCGAAACACUCUCUGGAACAAUUACAAAUUCUAUCAAAUUAAAGAGACACUCAAAGAAAAGGGAAAACUUCAUUACAUGUGUACUUCAAACGGCUGUAGUGUUGAAACCAGACCUCCUUCUGCCAGUGACCAAUAUAAAGAGAACAUGUACAGAUUCAUCAUGAAAGGAGCACAGUAUACGCCAUUCCGUGUGAGAUCUGCCGCGUAUCCCAGGCGACAAACAGACCAUCAAAACCGCCAGCGACCAGCGACAGCCAUGGAAAUGACAACACGUCAUGGUUAUGAUGACGACGACAACAGUUCAGACGAUGACGAAGAAAAUGAAGAAGAUUUUAAUAACGACGCUGACCUUUUAGAAAGAGACAAGGAUGAGAAUGGAAAUACUAAAUUUGAGAGUGCACUUCUCGGUUCAGAACUUGCAAAGACGCUGGAAAAACACUACCCAAAGGGCAUUGAUGAUAAGGAGGCGUUACUGGAACUUUUAGACGAGAACAGUGAACUCAGCAAGCAUCUAAAGAAAGCCUGGGAAACCACAGACGUAACAGUAGAGGAGAAAGAGGGGUUCAUGAAAAACGGUGUUCUUGUUACGAUGAAGUCCGAUGAUAUCGUUCGGAAGGCAAUGGCGAUGGCUGAAAAACAGGUUCAUCAGCGAGGCAAGGGCAACAAGCAAGAAGAAGAAGACUGGGACACCAUUCUACAAGCAGAGAAUAACCAGGCAAAAUUUAUGAUGUCUGCGAACAAAAUGAGGAUAAACAUUCUCCGUGAUAAACUUCUGGUCAUAGAUAAAAAGAGACGAAAGGCUAUACAACAACGAGUAAGAAACGGAAGUAAGGUGGACUAUAAGUACACCCCUAGCAAGUUCUUACUGGGUGUUGCUGAAGAAACCACAGAGACUCCACGUCCGGCCAUUACGGUAAGUUAUUUAGCUUUGAAGUUUACAUCUACCGUAAUCGACGAUGAUGUAUGCCGUUGA